GCGAUGUUGGCAUAGUAUUGGGCGGGCAUCAUGAUGAUAAGAUAUCGCUGCCGAGAUAUCUCAUAUAUCCGUCCAGGUAUUUAUUUCUUAUGGAUGACACUGUGUGUUUAUACCAUACCUCUUGUUCUUCUUCUCGCCCCACCAUCCUGCCAUGGCUACAAGUCACUACCAGGGACACUGCCGGACAAGUGUUCUGGAGGAUGGCAAUCGCGAUGAUGCGGUCAUUAUGUCAAGGACCGCUAGUGUGACGCCAUUGGCAGUCAACAUUCCUUCGACACCACCACGCGGUAAACAACUAUUUGGACUGGUAACGCCCCCGGACUCUCGCCCACGACCCAGCCUCUUUGAAAUCCGUCCAACCUCUCCACCUCGUACCCCUGUACGACGUUCCGACGUCCCAAAGGACACAGAGUCGCUGACCGUCUCAGAAAACUCAUCUGAACGGUCCAGCAAUCAGUCAACUACUAACCCUCGUUAUCCUUCGCCAGGGCUUUUGACGCCCGAUAACACGCCUCCGCGUCUUAGUAAACCACGAUUCGUACCUGUCAGUCAUAAGCAAGAGACGACUAAAUCGGAGUUCUGUCUCUCUCUUCAAACCACAUCGGCUGUGGUGGAGAUUUCGGAAAUUUUUAAACAUCACGCGGAAAUCAUCCAGGACACCAGAAAAUCGGAGCCAGUUACGACACAAUGCAAUGGCAUAAAACCGAUUAAAGCCCCUGAUUCUUAUCUCAUCCCUCAUAUUGACCAGUAUACCGGCCUCCCUCCUUCUAAUUCAUCCGUGAAUGUGAGGGCUUUGCAGUGCUGUCAAUCCCAAGAUAUUGCUGCGAGACCAAUAGCUUACGUAAAUUCGCAAUACCAUGGACUCACACUGCGUUGCGAUCAAUGCCAACGUUCAGUCGAAUCUCCAACUCAAUACUGCUUUCAGCAUGGACCUAAAAGUCCUGAUACCCCUACCAUACUCACUGCACCGAAGUCUUCACAAUGUCGUGGACUCACACUACGUGGCGUC